AUGUGCCCCGGUCCCCUUCACAAAGAGGGCGCAGCACUUGCUUUGACUGCUCCUACAUCGAAAGUGGUUCCGUCCACCAAGGAGGUCGUGAGAGCUACAACUGAUGCCAUGGACGAAGAAUCCGCAAUGGAUGCACUUUACGCUCGCCUUAACAGCAAAACCAUCCUAGGGCCUCGCACACCCGUAGGUCCCACGGUAGCAAGGCCUGGCCAAACUGCAUUCUCGUUUGGUGCACGUCUUGCUGAGGCCAAGGCAGAUAAGAUCAAGACGGAUAAUUCAGAGGCUGAGAAGGGAGGCAUCCAGAAGUCUCCCGGUAGCAAGACCGCAGAACCGAGACAAGACAAGCUAGAGAGUGAGUACAUGCGUAAGGCGACUGAGUACAUCCAGGCGCUUCCGAACAGCACGGGAAACACGGCAUAUCUCGUCAAGGCCAUGUCAAGGAAGCUCCACGACUCAUACACGUCAACCACCAAGGUAGAUGCUGGAAGCAACGAAGCUCUCAAGGCACGUCUAGCAUUCGCAGUCGCCAACUAUCUCAAUAAGAUAUUGAAGAAGCGCCCGGAGUCACGUACAGCCGACUCGAUCAAACAAACGCUUGGGGAUAUGGAUGGAGAUUUUCUCCGGCUGUGUGCCAAGCUCGUGGACGAGGGGUACGUCUCCUUGGAGACACUGACUGAAGUAUCUGGUAUCGUCGCCGCCAUGCGUGAUGUUCUGCCCAAGCCAGAGCAACCUACCACCACGUCGGUGGAAGCGCCUUUGACGCCAGCACGUUCUGUUGCGAUGGGCUCUGAGAACAGCAAGCCCAUGUCCAAGGACCCAGUGGAUAGCAUGAAGGGAUGGCCGACCCAGGAGAAGCGCGAGAAUCGUAAGUCCUUUUCCGUGCAGACAGAAAUUUAG